AUGGAGCCGGUCCAUCACGAAAUGAAGUUGGGCCGCAGCGAACAGCAAGUUGGCAGCCCGCCGAAAAAGCAGAAGAAAGAGCAGCCCAAAGAAGUGGAAGGAGCAGAGCCCGAGAAACCCAAACCAGAAACCGCUCCCAAGAAGCCCAAGAAUAACAGCGUGUACAAGAAGGCCAAGAAGGAGGCCCUGAUCGACCAGGAGGUGAAAGUGGACGAUGAAGGGGAGGAUCAGGAACAAAGCACUUUGUUGCCACUUCCCUCUACCGAAGUUCCUGCUAACCAUACCGAGACCCCACAGGUUUACCUUCUGAUUAAAGAAGUUGAUCUGAACCCACACGUAUCCCAGAUGGAGACGGAGGUUCCUGUGGCGAUUCAUAUUAUUACCGCUGAUACAACCAUGGAGGCCCAAACCACUGACACCCAAACCACGGGUAACCAGACCAUGGGCAACCAGACCAUGGGCAACCAGACUACGGGCAACCAGACUACGGGCAACCAAACCACAAACAUCCAAAGCACGAGCACACAAAGCAUGAGUACCCAAAACACAAGUACCCAAAACACAAGUACCCAAAACACAAGUACUCAAAGUACGAGCACCCAAACCACGGGCACCACCGUCAGUUCUAUAGAGCCUGGAGAAAUUGAAACAAUCAUUGACAUCGACGACAAAGUCAUAAGCAUCCACGAAAAACCUGACAAGGCUGAAAAAGAUGAGAAAAAUGAGAAAAAGACAAAUCAAGAACCAGAAUUCAAGGAAGCGUACUUUGACCAACUUAUCGAUCAUUUUCGUUUUAAUAACCAUCAAAAAACUUAUCGUCAGCGCUACCUUAUUACAGAUCAAUUCUGGCACAAAGGCAUUGGGCCAAUAUUCCUGUACACUGGAAAUGAAGGUGAUGUAUGGGACUUUGCUAAUAGCUCCAAGUUCAUCACUGAACUAGCCACAGAGCAGCAAGCUCUCGUCAUUUUUGCUGAACAUCGAUAUUAUGGCAGAUCUCUUCCUUUUGGCAAGAAAUCAUACGAGAGAGCAAACAUUGAAUUUUUGACAGUGGAACAAGCUGUGGCAGACUUUGUCGUACUUGUUACAAAACUGAAAGUGGAUCUUGAUGCUGAAAAUUGCCCUGUAAUUGCAUUUGGUGGCAGCUAUGGAGGAAUGUUAAGUGCGUACAUAAGAAUUAAAUAUCCUAAUAUUGUGCAAGGUGCUCUGGCAUCAAGUGCACCUGUGGUGUCUGCUGCUAACAUAGGAGAUAACCGGCAGUUUUUUCAUGAUGUGACUAAAGAUUUUGAGCGUAAUUCACCUGAUUGUGUUUCAAAAAUCCGACAAGCUUUCCAGGAGCUAGAAAAGUAUGCACAGCAACAAGCAUGGACCAAAAUGGCCAAUAAACUAUCUCUGUGUAAGCCAUUGAAAUCCAAAAAAGAACUUGAUCAACUAUAUAGAUGGGCUCGAAAUGCUUUUACAUAUUUAGCAAUGUUCAACUAUCCAUACAAAACUGAAUUGGGAUUACAUUUCCCAGCAAACCCAGUGGAUGUUGCGUGCCACUAUAUUCUGAAGAAGAAUGAUUAUGUGGAAGGCCUACUAUCUAUAUUAGGUAUUUUUUAUAAUUCCACGGGGUCAAAAAAAUGCUUUGAUAUCUAUUCUGAGUUUCAACACUGUGCUGAUCCGACAGGUUGUGGCUUGGGCACUGCAAGUCAAGCAUGGGAUUUCCAGGUUUGCACAGAGAUAAACCUGCUGUAUGAAACCAACAACGAGACCGAUAUGUUCCCAGUACUUCGCUUUACUGAAGACAUGAGGAGAAAUUAUUGUCACAAUAAAUGGGGUGUCUACCCCAAUCCACAAUGGUUAAAGAUCCAAUACUGGGGAGAUGAUUUCAAAGCAGCAAGUAAUAUAAUAUUUUCUAAUGGUGAAUUGGAUCCAUGGGCAAAUGGUGGUAUUCUCAGAAACGUGACUCCCACUGUGGUUGCUUAUAUUAUAGAGGGAGGAGCACAUCAUCUCGACCUGCGAGGAUCUAAUCCAGCUGAUCCACAGUCAGUUACUACAAUUCGUAAAAGAGAAUCAAGUAUCAUCAAGGAAUGGGUGAAAAACUAUAAGCGUCCUUCUGUUUGACAAGUUGGAUAUGAGAAAUGACAACAUUAAACCAAAAUCCACAUGUACAAGAAUAGGACAUUUGUUACCUGCUGUUUGAAAAAAAAAAUUAUGAGACUUGGAAAUGUAUUAAACAAACGAAUAAUGUUGGAGAGACAUAAUUUUGUAUUUGCAUUGGUAUUGAAGAAAAUUUUAUACAAUAAAUUUGAAAAUAUAUAGAAUUAACAUUUACAAUUUUUCUGGAAGGGAAAAAAAAUCAAACA